GGUUGGAGGGGAGGAGUUGAAGCGUACGCGUGUCCUGACAAGCUUGGGCUGUUUGGCUUUGAAGAACAGUUUAGAAGCAACACGAGGAAUCAAUAUCUUCCAUAUUCUAAUCCAACCACUCUCUCUCUCUCUCUCUCUUCUCUUUCUCACUCACUCUUCCUUCUGUUUUGUUUGUCUCAUACACACAACACAACAACAUUCACAGAAUCUACUACACCCAGAAGAAUCCUUCUUCUUCAUCUUUCUGGUUUUGGUGAGAAAGUAAGAAAGAGAGAGACAGAGCGAUGUACGUGGCUUCCAUGCGCAAGUCUUUCAAGGAUUCCUUAAAACUUCUUCAAGCUGAUAUCCAACACGCCAAUACUCUGGCGUCGGAUUUUCCUAGGGAGUAUGAUGGUGCAUCCCUUCAGAUGAGAAUGUCAUACAGUCCAGCUGCACACUUGUUUCUGUUUUUUGUUCAAUGGACAGAUUGUCAUCUUGCUGGAGCUCUUGGAUUGUUAAGAAUCCUAAUUUACAAGGUGUAUGUGGAUGGAACUACCACCAUGUCUACCCAUGAAAGAAAAGCAAGCAUAAGGGAAUUCUAUGCUGUUAUUUAUCCCUCUUUAUUGCAACUUGAGAAAGGUGUCACUGAUUCUGAGGAUAAAAAGCAAAAGGCUGUAUGCAUGGAGAGGUAUCGUAGAAGAGAUGAUGAGGACUAUAGGCAAUCUUCUGAUGUAGACAUUGAAAGAGAAGAUGAAUGUGGGAUAUGCAUGGAGAUGAAUAGUAAAAUUGUGUUGCCCAACUGUAAUCAUGCUAUGUGCCUGAAAUGCUACCGAGAAUGGCGAACAAGAUCACAGUCAUGCCCAUUUUGCCGUGACAGUCUGAAGAGAGUUAACUCAGGGGAUCUCUGGGUAUUUACUGAUAGAAGGGAUGUGGUUGAUAUGGCAACAGUGACAAGGGAGAAUCUCAGAAGGCUUUUCAUGUACAUAGAUAAGUUGCCUGUGAUUGUUCCAGACUCUCUCUUUGACACUUAUGACUCUCACAUAAGGUAAGUAAUUGCAACAGACAAAUUUUAAUGUGUGCUGUUGCCUUGGGCGGAUAGUUUACUCCCUUUCCUUUGAGUGCGAAGUUAGUCAUAUGAAGUCCGAACCUGAUUCGGAAAAUUUAGUUAUAAAUCUGUAGAGUUGCAGUUCUUGCUUCCCACUUCUACCAAAAGUAUCCAGCCCUUGUUAUUGUGGGUUGGUGGUGAAGUUGAGAUGGUAAAUUUGUAUCUAUAGCUAGCUCAUAUGUAUAUCCCUGUACAGAUUGAAUUACUACUUAACAAGAGAUUUGCACAAUAUGCUCUUGUGAGUUACUUGGAUUGUAUCUUUGGAUUUAACUGUCUAUGGAAAUGUAAAUUGUUUUCCAAUUUGGCCAUUUUACAA